GACAAUGUACAAAGGCUAGCUCGAGAGAGCACUUUCAAACAGCAGACUGAGAUAGCGCUUCACGAAGCUGUUCACGAUUGGGAAGAAAGAAACUUGUCGUGAGAGGCAAUCAGGCUCUGAUAUUGAUAAUAGGGGAGUCAUUUGCAUCCUUCAGCACAACAGACAGGUGCAAGCAUGGCGGACGAACCCUCCCGCAAGAAGCGGACGUCGGAACGGCAGCUGACAAAGGACGACUUCUCACGCGACGAUGACGAGCAGGAGGAGGCGGAGCCGCAGGGCACGUUUGCAAAGGCGUCCGAUGACGUCAUGCAGAAGCGGAAGGUAGUGAAGGCCAGGCGGCCGGGGGCGUCCGUCGUACCUGCACCCGCUGCGGUCAAUCCAUUUGCAGCGGUAUCGUUGCUUUCUGCAGGCGCCGGCGCCGGUGGGACGCCUCCAACCCCUGCUCCGCCAGCGCCUGAGCCGGAAGCUCCAAAGACUGACAAAGGAGAGUCGCCUGCGGUAGCAGUGGCUGUGGAGGCAGCGGCGGGAGAGGAGGAGGAAGGCGAGGAGGUUAACAAAGGCGACCGCAAGGAGCCUGUCGGCGGGGCGUCUACGUCGGGGCAAGCACCACCAGAGGAGGCAAAGAAGCCGCCCACAACCCCAGGGUUUGGGGGCUUUGGGAAGUUUGCUGGUUCCAAUGCUUUUGGAACCGGCUUUGGAGCAGGGACCGGUGGAGGUUUUGGCAGUGCAGCGGGCUCCACCCCUUCCCCCUUCUCCUUCAACUUUGGCACGGGCGCUGCUGGCACAUCUGCUUCCUUCGGCUCCACGCCUGCGUUUGGGGCUGGCGCCUCGAGCUUCCCGUCCCUCUCGAGUGUGUUUGGAGGAACCAACGGCGCGCCUGUGCAGCUGUUUGGAGGACCAGGCUCCUCUGCGGCGAGUAAUGACGGAGAAGCAGACGAGGAGGGCGGCGGUUCCAGCCUUCCCCAGCCGGCGCCCGUCGUGCAAUUGACAGAGGUGAAGGUCGAGACAGGGGAAGAGAAGGAGACGGCCGCGUUCGCGGCCGACGCGACGCUCUACGAAUUCGCCGGCGGCUGGAAGGAGCGCGGCAAGGGCGAGGUGCGCGUGAACGUGCCCGCGGACGGCGCGCAGCGCGCGCGCCUCGUGAUGCGCGCGCGCGGCAACCUGCGGCUGCUGCUGAACGCGCACAUCUACCCGGGCCUCAAGCUGUCCCGGAUGGACGGCCGGGGGGUGAGUUUCGCAGUGGUAAACCACGCGGGGGAAGCGGGCGGCGGAAUGGGCACGUGGGCGGUUCGGAUGAAGGACGCGGGCACGGCGGCGGAGUUUGCAGCGCGGGUGGAGGAGCUGAAGGGACGGGUAACGGAGGGGGGGGAGAAAAAGGAGGGGAAGGAAGAGGGGGAGCAAGUACAGAAGGAGGAGGAGGGAGGGACGACACAAGAGGAGAAAACAGAGGGGGCCGAGAAGGAAGGUCCGGCAGAGGAGACGGGGGAAGGGGAGAAGGAGACUGCGAAGGAGGCGACUGGAGACGAGGCAGUUUGAUAUUGGGGGAGGAAUUAGAAUGGAGGACACGCAACGAGGAGACCUUUCGCACAUGAUCCGCGCAAGGGAGGACGAGAAGAAAGAAAGAUGGCGUCUUUCCAUUUGUGUUUCGCAGAAGCCUGCUCGUAGAAGGGGGGCCACGAACUAAUGCAGCCCAGUAGAAACGUGCAGCAGGAGCGGGCUAAUUAAGAGUGAGAUGACGCUUGUGACCCACAUAUGCUUUUGCAAUAUCAGAACCUUACAGUUUCCGCUAUGCUCUAGAUGCCCUAGCAUUGAGUGACUAGUAGGCCAUAGCUCGACCAACCUCAGGUCGUGAGUUGCCCAGCCCUGUUCACUGCUCCGUGUCCUUGCCGAAAGAUCUGUCUAUGCACUCUACAGCGACCCUAGUGGUGCAUCUUUGCGUUCAAAAGCUGAAG